AUGUCUAGUCCUAAACCCAGGUUCAAGACCGCGUGCCGUAUCUGCCGCGAACGCAAGGUCAAAUGCGACCGGGAGCUCCCUUGCCACAACUGCAUCAUCGCGGAUAAUGCCUGUUCUUACCCCCCACAAGUUCGAACCGUCCGGAGACCAAAGAAGGCGGCCAUGGCAAAACGAGCGUCUCCGGUCGGAAGCGCGUCCCUCGUCGACCGCCUGAACCGCCUGGAGUCGUAUUUGAGGAGACAUGCACCAAUGUUCGAGCUGACAGAUGGAGAUGACGACUUCGCAACCAGUGACAUCAAUAGCUGGAUCCGAAAGUCGAACUCGAGCGAUGAUGCCUCCCAAGGUCAGGACCACCUACUUGGCACCGGUAGCGACCACGCACAGGAAGCCCUGAGGCGUCCCAGCGGGAGCAUCCCAGACUCAGUCUCCUUAACGGCUUACGAUGAAGCAAUUAGAAGGCCUAGAUCACACAACGGCGACCUUGAGAAAUCCCCUCUCUGUAGCCAAUCUCCAGAGAUCGGCCUCGAGAUCGGUCUUUCUGCAACUUCGACUACUCCGAUAUCACCAGAGCCGGAUGCCCCCUCACCGUUGCAUGAAGCCCCCCCCAAACCGGCAUCGUCGCCCACUGGGUUCCCUCUCAGGCAGCACCAAGAUAUGGAAUUACCGCAACUCCUUCCAACAUCCUACCGCGCCUUUUGUUGGAAGAGGUACGCUGAGAGCGUCGAUCCCUUGGUCAAAAUCAUUCACAGACCAAGCACCAGAGAACUCAUGCUAGUACAAGUGCAGGAUGGUCAAAGACUACAUCCUGCCAGUAUGGCACUGAUUCAAUCAGCUUGCCUCAUCUCAAUCACCUCCAUGUCCGAGGAAGACGUUAUAGCAAACCUUCGAUGCGAUAAGGAGACUCUGAGACGGACCUGCUCGGCACGCACUGAACAAGCCCUCACGGCCGCAAAUUUUCUUGACACGCGCGAUCUCAGAACGAUGCAGGCAUUCUUGCUCUACUUGUACUACCUCAAAUGCAUGGGUGACUCGAGACUCCGUGCUUUACAUGGAGUAGCCGUCCAUCUGUCCCUUCGCAUGGGACUAAACCGAGACCCUCACUCCUACAAUCUCGCUUCACUCGAUGUUGAACUGAGGAGGCGGUUAUGGUGGCAGUUGAUUACCCUCGUUGAUCAUCCUGAUAACUCCGGCCUCGACUCCUUCCAUCGCCCCCUUACUCUUGAAUCUGAUACAAGAAUACCCCUCAACGUAGACGACGACGACCUGACAGACGGUGUCGUGUAUGCGGUCAGCGGUAGUUCUGGAUUCACAGACACAAGCUUCUCAUUGAUUCAAUAUGAGAUCACCCAAUCGUUUAACCAAACCCUGCUCGAACGAGGCACCAUGACAACAACUCUCACACGAACGGUCAACACAGCUGAGGAGCGACUCCGUCAUUUUGGGCAGAACCUGAAUACCAAGUACUUUCUCCAUUCAGGGUCGCAAGAAGCUUUUCGACAAUUCGCAGUCAAGACGUCCGCACUCAUCUUAACUAAGAGAUGCUUCUUGUCCUACUUGUUUCCAGGAAACACGUCGCAAAGUAUCGUCUUUGGUGAUGAAAAAACGGAAAGUCACGUCUUCCGACUCGGAGUAGAAGUGCUGGACCUUUCAAGAAAGAUCCAGCGGACGAAAGCUUUUGAGAAAUGGCGUUGGCUUCACGGCACCUAUUUUCAAUGGGCCGCCGCCAACUUUGUCGUCAAGCAGCUUCCCUUUCGGGCACAGGACUCGACGAGCAACAAGGCAUGGCUAGUUCUUGAUGGUAUUUUUGACCAUUGGCCUGAGUCUAUUCAGCGUAGCGAGCGCGCAAUCGUGUUAAAGAAGCUAAUCGCUGAAGCUUGCAACCGCCGAGGCAGCUUGACUACGUACGAGACAUCAUCUUCCCAGGAUUUGCAUGCCAAUUUCCUGCAAUUCGAUGAGGAUCUUCUACAGAGGCGAAAGAGGGGCAACGAUGAAUCUUUUGACAAUUUAAUUCCUGAGUUGGAGUUCCCAAUGCUUCCGUCUGCUUCUCUGAGCGCAAUUCUCACCGACAACUCUUUCCACCCCGCAGAUCUUACCGGGGAUAUGUUGGGCUGGGAUUUCUCGAAUAUGCUGUAG